CCACUGGAGCUGUGCACUUUUAAAUAGUCUAGAUUGAAAACUAAUUUCUUUAGAAUUGUUUUUUGUGUUUAAUUUGUUAUCCUUCACCUCCGUGGAGCAUGGUUGGCUAUGUACGGUGCCCCGAGGUAUAUUCUGCACAUGUUUUUGAGCGCUGAGCCGGCACUGUUGAUUAACCUCUUUCAUUCUUCUGUUCCCACCUGAAAUUAAGUGAAUCUCAUACACCACCAUUCUAGGAUUCUUUCCACAGUUUUCAGCAUCAGUAAUACCUAUAGCCCUAAGCAAAACAGGCAUGGCUCAAUUGGCAUACCCUGAUGAUUUUUAAUGCAUAUAUACACCUCCCCUAUCCUGGAAAUUACAUUAAUUGUCUCAAUUUAGGAUCACGAUUUGGUGAAUGAAAUUAUUGAUUACAUAUUUAUUCAUUAUUGAUUUCUGAGGUAGGGCCACGUAAUGUUAUGUGGUCACAUUUUUCUUGUUGUGUAACCCUCCCCCACCAGACAUGGCCAAACAAAUUAAAUUGUCACGUGUACAGGCGGUUAACGUGCCAAUGAUUGUUGUUUCGGCUCACCGCGGUACUACGCCCUGCAAAUAUUGGAGAACGUCAUAAAGACACGCUGGAAAAUCCUGCCGAGGAACCAGUGCGAUGGAAUAAAAAAGUACGUUGUGGGCCUGGUGAUUAAAACGUCUCAAGAACCAAUCAAUCUCGAGAAAGAGAAGGUUUACAUUGGCAAGUUGAACAUGAUACUGGUUCAGAUCCUGAAGCAGGAGUGGCCGAAGAACUGGCCGACAUUCAUCAGCGACAUCGUGGGUGCCAGCCGCACGUCCGAGUCGCUGUGCCAGAACAACAUGGCCAUCCUGAAGCUGCUGAGCGAGGAGGUGUUUGACUUCUCGAGUGGGCAGCUCACGCAGUUCAAGGCCAAGCACCUCAAGGACAGCAUGUGCAACGAGUUCUCACAAGUGUUCCAGCUCUGCCAGUUUGUCAUGGAAAACUCCCAGAAUGCACCACUUGUUGCCGCCACCUUAGAGACACUUUUGCGUUUCCUGAAUUGGAUUCCUCUCGGGUACAUCUUUGAGACGAAACUCAUCAGCGUCCUCGUUUACAAGUUCCUCAACGUACCCAUGUUCCGUAACGUGACGCUCAAGUGCCUGACGGAGGUGGCGGGCGUGCGGGUGAGCCAGUACGAGGAGCAGUUCGCUACCCUCUUCAGCAUCACCAUGGCCGAGCUCAAACAGAUCCUGCCACUGCAGACCAACAUCCGGCUGGCGUACGCGACGGGCAAGGACGAGGAGCAGAAUUUUAUCCAGAACCUGAGCCUCUUCCUGUGCACCUUCCUCAAGGAGCACGGCUCGCUGGUGGAGCGCCGCGGCGACCUCCGCGAGGGGCUGCUCGAGGCCCUGCACUACAUGGUGGUGAUCUCGGAGGUGGAGGAGACGGAGAUCUUCAAGAUCUGCCUGGAGUACUGGAGCCACCUGGCGUCGGAGCUCUACCGCGAGAGCCCCUUCUCGGCCACGCCGGCGCCGCUGUUGCUCGGCAGCCCGCACCACGACGUUCCGCCCCGGCGACAGAUAUACCUGCCUGUCCUUUCCAAGGUACGACUCGUCAUGGUGUGCCGAAUGGCCAAGCCGGAGGAGGUGCUCGUGGUGGAGAAUGACCAGGGCGAGGUGGUUCGGGAAUUCAUGAAGGACACGGACUCCAUCAGCCUCUACAAGAACAUGAGGGAGACGCUCGUGUACCUGACGCAUCUGGACUACACCGACACGGAGCGCAUCAUGACGGAGAAGCUGCAGGCCCAGGUGAGCGGCGUCGAGUGGUCGUGGAAGAACCUCAACACGCUUUGCUGGGCCAUCGGAUCCAUCAGCGGCGCCAUGCACGAGGAGGAUGAGAAGCGCUUCCUCGUCACCGUCAUCAAGGACCUGCUGGGGCUGUGUGAGCAGAAGCGCGGCAAAGACAACAAGGCCAUCGUGGCCUCCAACAUCAUGUACGUCGUGGGGCAGUACCCCCGCUUCUUACGCGCCCACUGGAAGUUCCUCAAGACCGUCGUCAACAAGCUCUUUGAGUUCAUGCACGAGACGCACGACGGCGUGCAGGACAUGGCGUGCGACACGUUUAUCAAAAUUGCGCAGAAGUGCCGCCGCCACUUCGUGCAGGUGCAAGCCGGGGAGGUGAUGCCCUUCAUCGACGAGAUCCUCAACGGCAUCAACACCAUCAUCUGCGACCUGCAGCCGCAGCAGGUGCACACCUUCUACGAGGCGGUGGGAUACAUGAUAGGUGCCCAGACUGACCAGGUGCUGCAGGAGAGGCUCAUUGAGAAGUAUAUGCUGCUUCCCAACCAAGUGUGGGACAGCAUCAUUCACCAGGCCACCAAGAACGUCGACAUCCUGAAGGACGCGGAGACCGUGAAGCAGCUGGGUAACAUCCUCAAGACGAACGUGCGAGCGUGUCGCGCCGUGGGCCACCCCUUCGUGGUGCAGCUGGGCCGCGUCUACCUGGACAUGCUCAACGUCUACAAGUGCCUGAGCGAGAACAUCUCCACCGCCGUGCAGGCCAACGGAGAGAUCGUAACGAAGCAACCACUGAUUCGCAGCAUGCGCACCGUCAAGAAGGAGACGCUGAAGCUCAUUUCCGACUGGGUCAGCCGCUCCACCGACCCCAAGAUGGUGGCCGAGAACUUUGUGCCGCCCCUGCUCGACGCCGUGCUGCUGGACUACCAGCGCAACGUGGCGGCGGCGCGCGAGCCGGAGGUGCUGGCCACCAUGGCGACGGUGGUGAACCGCCUGGAGAGCCACAUCACCGCCGAGAUCCCACACAUCUUCGACGCCGUCUUCGAGUGCACGCUCGAAAUGAUCAACAAGGACUUUGAGGAACACCCCGAGCACCGCACCAACUUCUUCCUGCUGCUGCAGGCCGUCAACACGCACUGCUUCCCGGCAUUCCUGGCCAUCCCUCCCGCGCAGUUCAAGCUGCUCCUCGACGCCACCAUCUGGGCCUUCAAGCACACGAUGCGCAACGUCGCCGACACGGGUCUUUCCAUCCUGUUGGCACUGCUGCAGAAUGUGAGUCAGGAAGGGGCGGCCGCACAGAGCUUCUACCAGACGUACUUCUGUGACAUCCUGCAGCACAUCUUCUCGGUAGUCACGGACACCUCGCACACCGCAGGCCUGACGAUGCAUGCCACGAUCCUGGCGUACAUGUUCAGCCUGGCGGAGGAAGGCCGCGUCACGGUGCCGCUCAACCCCGCGAUGCCCGCCUCCAAUAACGUGCCCUUCGUGCAGGAGUACAUCGCCAACCUGCUCAAGUCGGCCUUCCCACACCUGCAAGAUGCACAGGUGAAGCUGUUUGUCACGGGGCUGUUCAGCCUGAACCACGACAUCCCGGCCUUCAAAGAGCACCUGCGUGACUUCCUCGUGCAGAUCAAGGAGUUUGCCGGGGAGGACACGAGCGACCUGUACCUGGAGGAACGCGAGUCAUCGCUGCGGCAAGCGAACGAGGAGAAGAGGAAGGUGCAGAUGUCGGUGCCGGGCAUCCUGAACCCGCACGAGAUCGGGGACGACAUGUGCGACUGACGCGCCCGAUCACCCCCGCCCGUCCCCGUGUCCGUCCAUUUACCCAGACCGCACGGCGAACCCGGCCCCAGUAAAUUCACACUGGACACAAAAAUCUACGCUUCCAGGUGACCGCGACGGGACGAGAGGAUGGCGUCGCGAGGCCGUGCGUUUAACGCGUUUAGUUUAUUGUGCUCGGCGUAGUUUUUUUUCUCUCUCCGACGAGAGCGCGAAGGUGUCGAGUGAGUUUUCUGUUUUCUUCGCCGCCCCCCCCCCCCCCCGGACUCCCCUUUUAUAUAAAUGUGCGCGAGAGCGGCCUCCUGUUUUAUUUAAACGUUGGGCGAUUUGUUUUUCGUUUUUAACACGUGACCCGAGGGACGGUUUCACUCUAACGGUGUGCGCGCGCGAUUAACGGUACCGGCCCUUUCCCGCACCUCCGAUUAGCACGGUCGGCUACGUACAGCGCGAAAGAAGUUUAACAUACAUACAUACAGCCGGUGCCAAGUGACGGCUCUGUUGGUACAGAUACACCUGCAAUGUAAUCUGCCAAUGUCAUAACAUUUAGAACUGUCCUAACAUGUAUAACUGCACCCACACACCAUUGUACUGAAGUCUGGGAGUCAAGAUACCCACUCGCACACGCCCUCCACUGACAAUUUUAUGGAAAAAUAUGAACUUUUAAGUGAUAUGAGAAAUGCUGCCAUGGUGUAAUGAAUGGCUGGCUCGCUGGACUUUACACGCAGUGGUCACCAGUUCGAUCUCCAGGUGUGAUAGUUAAAACAUUUGGGCAAGUUGUGUAAAUCUUU